GCAAGUCGGCGGUGCACUAAUUCGCGAUCGUCCGUCCCUUCAGUAAUGUUUGCCAACAACGAAAUUAAUCAUGUGCGCCCCAUUUUGUAUUACGACGACAUCAAUCCACAUUCGCGUGCUGUGUUAAUGAUCUUGAAUAUGUUAAACGUCGAUGUAGAGUUGAGAGCAGUCGAAAUGAUCAAAGGCGAACACUUGAAGCCGGCAUAUGCGAAAAUCAAUCCAGCAGGCACCGUCCCCACCAUGGUGCACAAGGAUCUCAUCGUCAGCGACAAUGCAAUAUUCGCUUAUGUGUGUGAAAAUCACGGCAAUGACAAGGCAAAACAGCUAAUUGCGUUUAAUUGCUACAAACGGCAUUGUCGUAUCUUGUCCAGGCUAUUCUUUGAGAGUCAAGUGCUGCAUCGCAUCCAUGGACAAUUGAUGACUGAUUUAGUGCGUAAAACUAUUUAUGAAACAGAUGUUGAUUAUCAUCAGAAGAAAGUGGAGAACGCGUAUGAUGUGAUGGAGUCCUAUUUGAAAGAUGGUGCAUAUAUGGCAGGCUCUGUGUUGACUGCAGCUGAUAUAUCAUUUGUCGCUUGCCUCGGUGCCUUGGAUAUGAUGUUUCCCAUCGAGGUAGAUCGCAAGAGGUGGGAAAAGCUGAAUGACUGGUUCAGGCGCAUGCGUUUACUGCCUGUGCAUAAAAUCAAUACCAAUGGAAUUGAGAAGCAACGUCGAGUCGUCGAAUAUUUUGCCAAGUUUCGAUUCGCAGGAGACGUAAGUCGUUACAAGACGGGCGUGCGUGAUUCACUUGUGCCGCAAUUCACUGAAACGCCGGCACGUUGUAGUAUUGGCGUGCAAACGAACGCGGUACUACAAACUGAUUUCUCUGAUCAAUUUUACGCUGACGACGUUUUACAACGAAAUCGAAUGGUGGAAAAUAGUGCAAAAGAUUUGGAAGUUGAAAUAUUCCCGCAAACAGUAGUUAUUGAUUUAUUAAAAGAAAUUCCAGCGUUAGAAGUGACAGCCCUAAGCUUAGAAAAAGAUGACACGCAGAGCGCACCAAAGCAAUCGCCUGCCCAACUUAAUGAUCGGCAUCAUGAACAAAUGCCAGAAGACCGCUUAGUCCCAGAACCUGUGAUCAUUCCUGCAGCGCAAACUGAGACGAGUACUAUCGCAGAAAGAAGCUUUGGCGGCGAACAGAAAGAAAAACCGCCAGUGCCACCAAGGCGGAAACGAAAUAGAACGAUUGUUAUGACAGCGUUAGAUUUCAACGGAAAGAACUCAGAUAAUGAACCCAUUGAGGAUCCGAGAGGAGUUAUUAAAGAUAAACCUAUAACGGCCACAUCAGAAAACCAGAAGGACAAGUACACACUAGAAAGCAAUAAUAGUAACUCGAGCCGUUUGAACGGCGGCGUGGAGCCUAUCGUUCCACCAGAACCGCCUGUCAGUGCUUGUCCCUUAACAGCAGUUAACAAGACCUCGGAAAGAAUCAAAGAAGCCGGGAAGAAAUCGUUGCCGAUACCAGCUAAACCGCCACCUACAAGAGACGAGAAAAUGAAAACCAGCAGCGAACCGAAGCCGAAUGUCAACGACAAAAAUAAGGCCACUAAAAUACAGAUACUGCCGCCAGGCUCUCCAAUCAACGGUCAGCAAGUGGCUUUGCAGUAUACGCGCGGUUCAUAUGCGUCUGCUGCACCAUCGCUGGUCGCGCCACCACCGACCCCGAAUAAUUCAUCGCAAGAUGUACAAAACGACUUUGAGUUCCCGCCACCACCAUCUGAGGUUUCGCUACAAAAUUCACGCGCAUGCUGCAAAGCGGUUCGAGCAACAAAAUUGAUCGUAUCUAAUAAAGUAAACGCAGAAUCUAUACGGAAGACUGUUGUAAAAAAAGCAAGUGGCUUUGCACGAACAGACAAUUCAAAGGUCUUAGCUGAUUCCGUGACAAAGACUGCUGCGAGAAAGUCAACCGAUGUAAAGCCCAUAGCCGACAGAAAAAGCGCCGUUACCGAUAACAAAAAGUUUAAACUUGUAAAGAAAACGAGACUCAUUGCCAGCGGUACGAAAUCGCCUAGUUCUCAUAUCUCGAUUGCAUCAUUGGGAAACAAUAAGGCUGGAAAGGUGCAGAAACCUUCGAAAGAAACAAACACCGCGCCAAAAUUGAUUAGAGCAGCAACGGGUAGACCUGUUACAAAAAGUCAGGACAGGAAAAUUCAAAAACUAGGAAAAGGCGCUGAUGUUAAAGUGGUUAAAAGUUCGGGUGCCACUGUGAAUGGCUGCAAAAGUGUAAAAGGAGGUUCGCUUAACUCUACUGGAACAGUGAGAAUAAAUACCAAGCCAACAGAAAAAAAGCGAAGAGUUGAGGGAGGUGGCCAUUGGCGAUCCAAGGAAAAAACACUGGCACCAGCAGUAGAUAUGCACUCCAAACUUUUGAAUGCUGUCUUAAAAGAGCCUAAAACUGUUGAGGUGAAAUCUGCAGUCCUUGUUCAAAAACUGGAACUUCAAAAAACAGAAAUUUCAGAAGCGAAUUCCACGCCACCAAACACAACGACAGCUGAAGGAAAAGCGGCUUCCCAAAUCACUACUAAAGCCGUUAAAAAAGAGUUGAAGCCAGCAAGCCAAGCACUCAGCUCAAAAAAUAAAGUAAACGUCUACCCUGCAAAAAUAACAGGACACAAUAAGACUAAAACAACAAAAAUCCUCAAUACUAGGCCAUUUGUAGUUGGUGUAACCGCUUCCAACAAAAGUCAGCCAAACGUGGAUACAGUAAAGCGGGCAGUGAUAAAAAUUAAAAAGAAAAGAGGAAAAGUUCCAAGAGUAGCGCAGACUCUACCAUUCGAAACACCUUGUGCUUCGAUAAAAGAACUGAAGUGCGUUGUUGGACAAAAUAGAAUACAACAAAAUGCGAGCUCGGCAACACUAACGCCCGACUACAGCACACCAGAAACCACUACCGGAAAAACAUCGCAGGCUCUAGCAGUUUCUGCAGCUAACCGCAUAUUGCAAUCGCCAAACGAGGCUGGACAUAUUUUGCCAACUAAUCCAUUUCCGCUUGCGGGCAAGAGCGAAGAAGUGACUUCCUCAGCUCUGAAAGAGCUACCAGCGGCAGUGGGACUGGUUGCUAAGACAAUGCAGACACUUGCUGCUGCAACACCAAAUUUUCGCCCACCGGCCAUAAACAUAUUGAAAGUACUGUCCCCAAAGCCUUAUCCACUUUCCCCACCACUACUGCCAUUUCAUCACAAGUUACCACCACCACCGCUGCCAAAGUUGUCACCAAACGACGGAAUGCCACAGGCAGGUACCGUAGCAAAGGCGCUGCAGUUUUUAAGCGCAGUAACCUCAGAAGCAAAUCCGCUUUGCGGUGCCGUUAAACCAUUCAGAAAAGCUGCCUUGAAGAUUAAAAGCAUGGAACCGCCAACAUCAGCGGUGGUGAACAAUGGUGUCGAGGAAGCGGUUGAUGCAUAACCACUGGCUGAAAUACUGACGGCGACUGUACGAUAUAUGAACAAGAGCAAGGUAGAGCAUACGAAUGAAGUAACAACGACAAAUCAAACUGAGCAAUCGUUCGCAAAAUUAAAAAAAUUUGUCAGAUAAAACGGUGGGAAAUAUGGCGCCAGCGGCUGAGGAGAAGGCAGUAGCAACAAAUCUUAAUCAAAUGGCAGAUAUAUGUAGCUGUGAUGGAUUGUCAGAUUACAUCGUCGUUAGCGUUGAAUGAGGUUAACAAAUCGGCAGAUGGAGUUUUGGUUAAUAUUAAAGAGGAUUAAGUACGGAAUACAGCUGCAGAGGCUGAACUCGAAGCAACAGCUCAAACAACAUGUGAUAUCGAGUCGCAACUAAAUAGUGCUUCUUAGCAGCUGCCCAAGUCGUAGAAUCGCCCGCGAAAGCUGAUCUCAUCGAAGCCACCCUGGAGGCAACAAAAACGUUGGAUUUAGAGGCGCAUAAAGCGAAAAAUUCUUCAAGAACAUCGGCCGUUUGCACCAACACCGCCAAUCAGACCGAAAUAUACGUAUUUAUAAAUACAACGCCCCCACUGCCGUCACUUCCGAAAACAACAAAUAAAACGUUGAUAUCGAAAAAGACUGAAGAACAGCGCACUGGUGGUGAGACAGUGAUGCAAGCACGUGGGUUGAGUCCACGCAUGCGUGGGGAACGCCCAAAAUUAAAUUUCGAAAAUUAAAAAAAAAAUAUUUAGAGAGAAGAGAGGUAUCGCACAGUGCAGGUUUUUAAUUUCAUCAAAUUUCAAAUCCCCGUAUACCGAUAAAGAAGUUCUCAAAGGAAGAAAAUAAAACUUUAUCGCACAUCUACAGGCUAAGAUCUUACAUUUUUGGAAAUAUAGAUUGAUAUUGAUCUGUUGAUA